GCGCGAGGCCCCUCCGGAAGGCGCGGGGAAUGGGGAGGACUCCGCCGGGGAGAGCGGGUGUCUCCAAGUGGUGCUAAUGGGAAGACGCUGCUGGUUUCCAAAGAGGAUGCUCUGCCACAAAGAGCGGCCGGCGCGCGGGCCUGGGCUCUAGCGGAGAGACACCCCGGGAGAACUCCAGAGCUCGCGGGGAGCGCUCCUCCGGACCCCGGGGCCAACAUGCCUGUCCGCAGGGGGCAUGUGGCACCCCAGAACACGUUUUUGGGGACCAUCAUUCGGAAAUUUGAAGGGCAAAAUAAAAAAUUUAUCAUCGCAAAUGCCAGAGUGCAAAACUGUGCCAUCAUCUACUGCAACGAUGGGUUCUGUGAGAUGACUGGUUUCUCCAGGCCAGAUGUCAUGCAAAAGCCUUGCACCUGCGACUUUCUCCAUGGGCCUGAGACCAAGAGGCAUGAUAUUGCUCAAAUUGCCCAGGCAUUGCUGGGGUCAGAGGAGAGAAAAGUGGAGGUCACCUACUAUCACAAAAAUGGGUCCACUUUCAUUUGUAAUACUCACAUAAUUCCAGUGAAAAACCAAGAGGGCGUCGCCAUGAUGUUUAUCAUUAAUUUUGAAUAUGUGACAGAUGAGGAAAAUGCUGCCUCCCCAGAAAGAGUAAACCCAAUACUACCAAUCAAAACUGUAAACCGGAAGCUUUUUGGGUUCAAGUUCCCUGGUCUGAGAGUUCUCACUUACAGAAAGCAGUCCUUACCACAAGAAGACCCUGAUGUGGUAGUAAUCGAUUCAUCUAAACACAGCGAUGAUUCAGUAGCCAUGAAGCACUUUAAGUCCCCUACGAAAGAGAGCUGCAGCCCCUCCGAAGCAGAUGAUACAAAAGCUUUGAUACAACCCAGCAAAUGUUCCCCCUUGGUGAAUAUAUCUGGACCUCUUGACCAUUCCUCUCCCAAACGGCAAUGGGACCGACUUUACCCUGACAUGCUGCAGUCAAGUUCCCAGCUGACUCAUUCCAGAUCGAAAGAAAGCAUCUGUAGUAUCCGGAGGGCUUCCUCAGUUCAUGACAUAGAAGGCUUCAGUGUCCACCCCAAGAACGUAUUUAGAGACCGACAUGCCAGUGAAGACAAUGGUCGCAAUGUCAAAGGGCCUUUUAAUCAUAUCAAGUCAAGCCUCCUGGGAUCCACAUCGGAUUCAAACCUCAACAAGUACAGCACCAUUAACAAGAUUCCACAGCUCACUCUGAAUUUUUCAGAUGUCAAAACUGAAAAAAAGAACACAUCCCCUCCUUCUUCAGACAAAACCAUUAUUGCACCCAAGGUUAAAGACCGAACACACAAUGUGACAGAGAAAGUUACACAGGUUCUCUCUUUAGGAGCAGAUGUCCUGCCAGAAUAUAAACUGCAGACGCCGCGCAUCAACAAGUUUACAAUAUUGCACUACAGCCCUUUCAAGGCCGUCUGGGACUGGCUUAUUCUGCUGCUGGUCAUAUACACUGCUAUAUUCACCCCGUACUCGGCGGCCUUCCUCCUCAAUGACAGAGAAGAACAGAAAAGACGCGAAUGUGGCUAUUCUUGCAGCCCUUUGAACGUGGUAGACUUGAUUGUGGAUAUUAUGUUUAUCAUAGAUAUUCUAAUCAACUUCAGAACAACAUAUGUAAAUCAGAACGAAGAGGUGGUAAGUGAUCCAGCCAAAAUAGCAAUACACUACUUCAAAGGCUGGUUCCUGAUUGACAUGGUUGCAGCGAUUCCUUUUGACUUACUGAUUUUUGGAUCUGGUUCUGAUGAGACAACAACAUUAAUUGGUCUUUUGAAGACAGCUCGACUUCUUCGUCUUGUGCGAGUGGCCCGAAAACUUGAUCGCUAUUCGGAAUAUGGUGCUGCUGUUUUAAUGCUCUUAAUGUGCAUAUUUGCCCUGAUUGCUCACUGGCUGGCUUGCAUAUGGUAUGCAAUUGGGAAUGUAGAGAGGCCCUACCUGACUGACAAAAUCGGAUGGUUGGAUUCCUUAGGACAACAAAUUGGGAAACGUUACAAUGACAGUGAUUCAAGUUCUGGACCAUCCAUUAAGGACAAAUAUGUCACAGCACUUUAUUUUACCUUCAGCAGUCUAACCAGUGUAGGAUUCGGGAAUGUGUCUCCUAACACCAAUUCGGAGAAAAUCUUUUCAAUUUGUGUCAUGUUGAUUGGCUCCCUAAUGUACGCAAGCAUUUUUGGGAACGUGUCUGCAAUUAUCCAAAGACUAUAUUCGGGAACUGCCAGGUACCACAUGCAGAUGCUGCGAGUAAAAGAGUUCAUUCGCUUUCACCAAAUCCCCAACCCUCUGAGGCAACGGCUUGAAGAGUACUUCCAGCAUGCGUGGACAUACACCAAUGGCAUUGACAUGAACAUGGUCCUAAAGGGUUUCCCAGAAUGUUUACAAGCUGACAUUUGUCUGCAUCUCAACCAGACUUUGCUGCAAAACUGCAAAGCCUUCCGGGGGGCAAGUAAAGGUUGCCUCCGAGCUUUAGCAAUGAAGUUCAAGACGACCCAUGCACCUCCGGGAGACACCCUGGUUCACUGUGGGGAUGUCCUCACUGCACUUUAUUUCUUAUCCAGAGGCUCCAUCGAAAUCCUCAAAGAUGACAUUGUGGUAGCUAUUCUGGGAAAAAAUGAUAUAUUUGGAGAAAUGGUUCAUCUUUAUGCCAAACCUGGGAAAUCAAAUGCAGACGUAAGAGCUCUCACGUACUGUGACUUGCAUAAGAUCCAGAGAGAAGACUUGUUAGAGGUUUUGGACAUGUAUCCUGAGUUUUCAGAUCACUUUCUCACAAAUUUAGAGUUGACUUUCAACCUAAGGCAUGAGAGUGCAAAGGAGCACCGGCUGUGGGACCUGCUCACAGAUUUUGGCAGAGGAAACAGUACGAAUGGUCCUGAAGACUCCAUAGAUGCUCUAAGACAUUAUCAGAGUUCCCAGAAACACUUUGAAGAGAAAAAAAGCAGAUCUUCAUCUUUCAUCUCAUCCAUUGAUGAUGAACAAAAGCCUCUCUUCUCAGGAGUAGUAGAUUCUCCUCUGGGAAUAGGAAAAGCAACUGGCCUCAAUUUUGAAGAAACAGUGCCCACCUCAGGAAGAAUUCACAUAGAGAAAAGAAGUCGCUCUUGCAAAGAUACUGUUGACGCAAGAAGCUGGGAACAAGAAAAUGUCAGGACUCAGGCUGACGAAUCCAGCCCCUCAGCUCUUCAGCAAGCCGCCUGGGGAAUUUCUGAAACGGAGAGUGACCUCACAUGUGGGGAAGUGGAGCAAAGAUUAGAUUUGCUUCAAGAACAACUCAACAGACUUGAAUCCCAAAUGACAGCUGACAUCCAGACCAUCUUACAGCUGCUGCAGAAACAAACCACCGUGGUCCCCCCAGCCUACAGUAUGGUAACCGCAGGAGCCGAGUACCAGAGACCCGUCCUCCGCCUAAUGAGAACCAGUCAUCCGUCAGCAUCCAUCAAGACCGACCGAAGUUUCCGUCCUUCCUCACAAUGUCCUGAAUUUCUAGACCUUGAAAAAUCUAAACUUAAAUCCAAAGAAUCUCUCUCAAGUGGGGUGCAUCUCAACACAGCUUCGGAAGACAACUUGACUUCACUUUUAAAACAAGACUGUGAUCUCUCUUUAGAGCUUCACCCACGGCAAAGAAAAACUUACCUUCAUCCAGUUAGGCAUCCAUCUUUGACAGAGUCAUCCCUAAGCACUGUAGGAAUCUUGGGUCUUCAUAGGCAUGUUUCUGAUCCUGGUCUUCCAGGGAAAUAAUUAUUUUGUACUAUUUACUCCACAUACAAUGUAAGUGCUUUUAAUGGCUGUUUUCCUUUUUGUAUUUCAAUCCUCUCUACUUGACUCAGGGGCUCACAAGGUACCAUUAUAUGCAAAAGUACUGUAUAUUUUCCUAAACUGAAGCUUGUAAGGUAAAAUUGAGCAGUUAGGUUGUAAAUAUACAUAUGAAUUCUUCUGUUCCAAAUGUUACAACUGCCAGCAUCUCAAGGCACCUAUUUUUUAUUUUUAUUUUUUAAAUCAUGUGCAUGUUAGGAAACUCCACUUUCUCUUGCAUGGAGACUCCUAUUUAUUGCUUUUACUAAAUCAGUACUUUGUUAUGAAAAUGCCUUCCACACAAGUAAGAAACCAAGGGAUAAACUGUUCAUGGAUGAAACUCAGAUGAUUCUCAAGUUCAAGGGAGAGAAAGGGAACUCAGUCACUUUUGAGAACAGAUACCCUUCUCCAUCAAGAUGUUUAUAAUUAAUUACAUCCAUGCCACCACACUGAAAAAAAAAUACACUUUUAGAGUUACAAAUCUCUGACAAUAUAGAAAGCUAUCUCCAGAUGCAUGAACACAGAACCAGCUCUAAUGGAAUGGAGACAAAAAGGCCUAUUUUAAAUUCUGUCUAUAACCGCCCUCACAAACUACCUAAAAUAUUUUCCACUGGCAAUUUCCUCGAAUGCUUAGAAACCAGUUUCUCUAAUUUUUCUUUUUAGGGGGAGGUGGGCAGGAAGGAAGUCUCCUUAAGAACUGUGAAUGUGUGAUUGACACAAAGUAGUAUCUUCAGCUUUCUCCUGGCUCAUUUUUAGAUUAAUCCUGAAUUUGAUCAAAAGACUGGAUGCACAUAGUUUUCUUUUCAAAAAAUAUGCAGUCUGAGUGAGUCUGCAUGGCAAUACCAGCUUCCAUUAAGUCUAUGUUGUUCUAUGGCUUUCUAAUCCCAGCUAUGGAGAAAACAAUGGCAUUUGCCUGCCUAUACAGAACAUGCACACACCAGCAGUGAAGUUUUGUUUGGCUAUUCAGACACGUUUGCUAAUUGAAGAUUAAAUAAAAAUCUGUUAUAUAGAGAUUGUGCUGAAUAUGUAUCAACCCCAGAAUAUCAAACAUACAAUGGAAUAUAUUUUAAUAUAUUCAACUGUUUGGUUUUGGGGGUGGGGUGGGGUAUAUGCCUCUCAAAAUCAGGGUACAGAAAAAAUUGCAACUUAUUUUAUGAUUCUGAUUAGUCAAUUCUAGUUAUAAAGUUUUAUUUUACAAUUCAUUUGAGUACAGUUUUAAACUUAUUAUGGACUGAUCCUUUAUAGCCUUUCCCUCUGAACAAUAUUUUGAAAUUCUUUG